CACCAUUCCCGAAUUGGUUAAAAAUGGCGUCCUCGCCCGCCCUCGCACGACCUGAAGACGGCAACACGAUCUAUAAAUAUAAAUUACCAUCUUUUAUCAAUUCGAUGAUAUUUCGAUUCGCACUCUCUUUGGCAUUCGUGGCUGGGGCUGUGGUGACGGCUGGGGUGGUUUCGACGCAGGCGCUUUUGAAGGAGCAGCAGGACUCAUUACUGGUACAAGAGCUGCCCGCGCAGGCUGUCUUUCCGGGGCCGUGGGAUAGGUAUAUUCAGGCGCCUGCUAAUAAAGCUCAUAUUCGACCAAAAGCCAUACAUCUCUCGAAUGGCGAUGUUGUCAACCCCUCUGCGGUUUUGGAAGGUGGUUUAGGCAGCAGCACUUUGGGCGCUGGUGGAAAUGUGAUAUUUGAUUUCGCGCAGAAUAUCGGAGGACGUGUCUGCUUUCAGGUUGCUUCUGUGGUGAAUAAUACGUUUCUUGCUCUGACGUACUCGGAGUCGCCGACGUAUGCGACUGUGGAUGGGGAUGCGACGAAUAAUAAUAAGCCUACCGAUCUGCCGUUAUACUUUGGGCUGAGGAACGGCACGAAUUGUGUUGGGACUGGGUUUAUUCGUGGGGGGUUUAGAUUUUUAUCUAUUCGCCUGCCGUUGGACCCAAAGGAGGACAAAGGGUUUUGGGAUACUAGUUCGAGGGAAUCAGUUACAGAUGCAUCAAAGAGGGAUCCAGGUGCCACUGUAUCUUUGACUGAACUCUGGGUCAACUGCACAGCAUUUCCCUCGAACCCAAACCCGCGCGCAUACACUGGCUAUUUCUCCAGCUCCUCCAAUGUGUUGAAUCGCGUUUGGUACGCUGGCGCAUACACGUUACAGCUUUCAACGAUCGUCCCCACACAAGGAGGCGCAUCCAUAGACUACAACGCUAUUGUCGAUGGCAACAAAUCUCCCGUCGAUUCGUGGUACUCGAACUUCACUAUCAGCAACGGUACUUCCGUUACAACCGAUGGCGCCAAGAGGGAUCGCAUGGUGUGGCCAGGCGACAUGUCCAUAGCAGUCCCAGGCAUCGCUGUCUCCACGCGCGAUAUGGUGUCGGUUCGUAACGCCCUCGACACUCUUUUUGCGCAUCAGUACGGUGAUGGGAGUUUACCUUAUGCGGGGCCGCCUAUGGGAACGAUACACGAAUUUAGCGACACUUACCACAUGCAUUCGCUCCUCGGGGUGUACAACUACGUGUUGUAUUCCGGGGACCUGGGAUGGCUUGAAGAUCACUGGUACAACUAUACGGUUGCGUUGAAUGUUAGCAUUGCCAAGGUGGACAACAGUGGCUUAAUGCACGUAACUAGCACUGCGGAUUGGCUGAGAUCUGGGAUGUCGGGGCAUAAUAUCGAGGCUACAGCUAUCUUGUAUGAUGUCCUGCAGAAAUCCAUUGAGCUUGCCGGCUUCCUCGGUGACGACAGGUCUGAGGCGCAACCUGGGGGGCUUUGGUCUAAGACUGGUGAUAGGAUCAGAGCGGGUGUUGAGAAGCUAGAUUGUCCCCGUGCCGGCCUCUUCGCCGACAAUAGCGAAGACCGCAGGUGUGGAGGGUCUGACGAAGUUCUUCCUCAGGAUGGAAAUUCCUGGCUCCUCUUGGCCGGCGUGCUUGCCCCGUCGGAUCCUCGGCGUCUCAAUGUGAGCAAGAGCUUAAAAUCGCGGUGGACCAAAUUUGGUCCCCCGGCCGUGGAGGCUCCUAAUAUAAUCAGUCCGUUUGCGAGCAGCUUUGAGCUGCAGGCGCAUUGUGCGGUUGGAGACCAUGACACAGCUGUUGAGCUGAUGGAGCUGAUGUGGGGGUACAUGCUUGAUGGACCUGGGAUGACGAAUUCUACACUCCUGGAGGGAUACAGGAUUGAUGGCUCUGUGGGAUACCCCGCAUACACCCACCCAGCUCGAAAUAGUCACUGUCAUGGUUGGAGUACCGGUCCCACUAUGGUUCUUCUCACGAGCAUACUUGGGAUCCAAUUUACUGCUCCUCUGGGCCGGUCGUCCAUCAUUAGACCACAUCGGACGAAGUGGCUAAAUCAUGUGGAGGGCGGUUACUCGACGUCACUGGGGAAGUUUGCCGUCAAGCUGAAAGGGAUGAUCGGUAAAGGGGCCAGAGAGGCAGAGGUUUUACAGGUCUUGACGCCAACCGACACGUCGGGGACUGUAUAUUGGGGAGGCAACCAGACUGUUCAUAAUGGUGGGGUGCUGAAGGUUGCAAGAUAUUUGGAUUCGCCUGGACAAUGGAUUACGCUUUUGAAUACUACCGAUUAUGGCGACGAGAAGGAUGAUACGACCUGGGCGACUGACUCUGAAGGGGAUGGGGAGUUUUUGCCAGACACUGCGUGGGUAAAGCCAAGCAGUUCGGAGAGGGAGGUCGGGGUGGUAAACUGGAGUCUUAUUAAGCCAAUUGUUGUUGAGGAAUUAUGAGCAUGGUUGUAUUGUUAACAGAAGCUCUACGCCUUCUAUAUAUACCUAGUAUCAUUCGUUAAAGGGGCCUUAGGUGCCCUUGUCAGUAUCUAUAAACAG